AUGGCUAACAUAUUAGCAUUAUGUGUCAUUGCGUUGACGUUAGUAUCAUCGUCUUUGGCUUCUGCAGACUUUAUCGUUUUAUAUUCUGAAGAUGAGAAACAAUUAGAAGCGGAAUAUGGAACAAGUACAUCGUCGAAACAUCUGAAACUCAGUUUCUUUGAAGAUUGUAUCAACAAAGAUCCGAGUGUUUGUACCCCAAAAACGGAUGGCAAUGCAGACUACUUACGCUAUUUUACGGAAUCGGAAAAAACAGGAAUUUCCUGGUUCGGUGGCGCCGAAGUUGGUUUACAGGAAUGGCCUCUGAAUAAACUAAACUGGACAGACAGAGAAUAUGUGACAAAAGAAUCACACAGCCAAGCAGUGGUCGAGUCAUAUUUCUUCAACUCUGACGGCUUUUACUUGCACAUUAACGAUUCGGUCGCCUUGUUCGUAGACAUUAAUGGCCCCAGACCAGGAAAAAUGUGCUUUGCCGCCAAAGUGGUCGCCCCGUACAGAAAAGAUAGGAAUUUCAUGCAAUUCCGCGUUUGUAAAUUUAGCGAUCCCCGGAAAGCUCACGAAAACGCCAUUAAAGAUUUCCUCGGGUCGCCCCAGUCCAUACCCGAUCCUUACGUAGUUAAGUACCCGAUUUGGUCGACUUGGGCUAGGUAUAAGAUUGACGUCAACACGACUUCCGUUUUGAGUUACGCCGACGAAAUAGUCAAAAACGGAUUUGACAGAGGUACGUUCGAGAUCGACGACAAGUGGGAAACAUGCUACGGCAGUGCAACUUUUGAUAUAAAGCGAUUCAGUAAUAUCAAAGACACAGUAAAUAAACUGAAAUCAAAAGGUUUCAAGACGUCUUUGUGGACACAUCCGUUCAUAAACAAUGAUUGUCCUAUUCACGAGACGGCCAAAAACAACGGUUACUUUGUCAAUAGUACAGCGCACACAGUGAACUCUACGUGGUGGAAUGGAAAUGCCUCUUAUAUAGACUUCACAAAUCCCGAAGCGGCGGCAUGGUGGUCAAACAAUUUACGCAAUUUACUUGCAACAUCUGGUAUUGAUACACUAAAGUUUGAUGCAGGCGAAGCCAGUUGGAGCCAUCCACUUCCCGUCUAUUACGAUAAAGAUUUGACAUACUACCCCGAUAACAUUGUAAACGCAUACCUCUCAACAAUCAAGGCUUUUGGCGAUGGUAUAGAGUACAGGGCUUCCAGAAGGAGUCAAUCAUAUGGUUGUUUGUUGAGAAUGAUUGACCGCGAGUCCCGGUGGACUUACGAAUUGGGACUGCCAACACUAGUCACAUCUCUCAUACACUUGAAUAUGAUCGGAUAUCCGUUCGUAUUACCGGACAUGAUCGGUGGAAACGGUUAUAACAACUUACCGCCUUCCAAAGAGAUGUACAUCAGAUGGAUGCAAGCCGCUGUGUUCAUGCCAGUCGUACAGUUUUCCUACACUCCUUGGGACUUCGACUCACAGACGUUAGAGUUAUGCCGACAUUUCAUGGCACUCCGCAGCAACUAUACCGACACAAUUGUGGAUUUGAUGAAACAAACUGUUGCGUACGGUACCCCAGUGAAUCCUCCGGUCUGGUGGAUCGAUCCCACUAGUACAGAUGCACAUGCAAUCGACAACCAAUUUAUGUUGGGUGAAAAUAUUCUGGUAGCUCCAGUUCUCGUCGAAGGUGCAACUUCUCGUCAUAUUUACUUGCCCAAGGGUAUGUGGAGGGACGAGAACCAUCCCGCAAGUCCCCUCUUGUCCGGAAGAAUAUGGUUGAUCGAUUACCCUGCCAGCCUUGAAGUCCUCCCCUGGUUUACUAGGGUUAGUCCCGAGAAUCAACCAGAACCAUCCAGUUCGGUUUGCCAUAUGUCGUCUGCUAUUUAUAUUAUCGCUUUAGGUUUAAUAGCGUAUUUAUUCCAAUGA